CAGCGCGGCCCUCCCGCGCCGCUUCCACUCCUGAGCACUGAGCGCGCCCCACCGGGCGGCCGCGGCCAGGGGCGGGCGGGGGAGCCGCCAACUGCGGCCCCGCGGGGAGCGGCUGUGCCGGGGCCGCCGCCCCGCUCGCAGGGCAGGAUGGACGCGGAGGGCCGGGUACCGGGGCCAGCGCUUCCCGCCGGCGGGGAAGGGCCCGGGACCGACUCGCAUCUCGCUGCGGGUGCCCUCGGCACUGCCCGGGGGCCGCUGCUCGCCGCCGCCGAGGUGCUGGCGCUGGACGAUGAGGAAGACGACCUGGAGGUGUUCAGCAAGGAUGCAUCUCUGACUGAGGUAAACUCAUUCAGUCCUUCAGUGCCAAUAUCCCCCUCAUCAAUGAUAAACCAGUAUAAAUUUGAAGAUGGGCCAGAAAUAAGAGAUCUCUUCAUUACCGUUGAUGAUCCUGAAAGCCACAUUACAGCCAUUGAAACAUUCAUUACAUACAGAGUAGUCACAAAGACAACCCGUGGUGAAUUUGACUCCAGUGAAUAUGAAGUUCGAAGACGGUAUCAGGAUUUCCUUUGGUUGAAGAGUAAACUUGAAGAAGCACAUCCAACACUGAUUAUUCCUCCGUUGCCUGAGAAAUUCAUAAUGAAGGGAAUGGUGGAACGAUUUAGUGACGAAUUCAUUGAGACUCGAAGAAAAGCUUUACAUAAAUUUUUGAACCGUAUUGCUGACCAUCCAACUUUAACUUUUAAUGAGGACUUCAAAAUUUUCCUUACUGCACAAGCCUGGGAACUCUCCUCACACAAGAAGCAGGGUCCUGGUUUGCUGAGCAGGAUGGGACAGACGGUCAGAGCUGUAGCAUCCUCAGUAAGAGGAGCAGUUAAAAAUCGUCCUGAAAUGUUUACAGAAAUGAACAAUUACAUGGAAACAUUUAGUCAGAAAAUAAACUUACUAGAUAAAAUAGCUCAUAGGAUUUACAAGGAAGAAAGGGACUAUUUUAAUGAAAUGAAGGAGUAUGGCCCCAUCCACACGCUGUGGUCAGCUUCAGAAGAAGACAUUGCAGACUCCCUGAAGGGCAUUGCCAGCUGCAUCGAGCGCUGCUGCAGGGCCACAGAGAAGAGAAUGGCAGGGCUCUCAGAGCACCUGCUGCCCAUCUUACAUGAAUAUGUUCUCUACAGUGAAAUUCUCAUGGGUGUUUUGAAAAGGAGAGACCAAAUUCAAGGCGAGCUGGAUUCCAAAGUUGAUGCUUUAGCCAAUAAAAAGACAGAAAAGGAUCUGUUCUCAGAAGAGAUUGGGAAACUUGAAGACAAAGUUGAACGUGCCAAUAAUGCUCUGAAAGCGGACUGGGACAGGUGGAAGCAGAACAUGCAGUGGGAUAUGAGAUCAACAUUCACUAAUGUGGCUGAGAAUAAUCUCCGUUACUAUGAAGAGGCCUUAGUCAUGACACCAUUGUCUGACAGCUUAGUCCAGAAGAGGUAUCUGCCAAACAGCUGGAAUCACAAACUGUCCACAGGGUGGAGCUUUCAUCUGAGAAACUGAUUGUCACCAUGAAUAUUUUCAUUAAUUUAGAAACAGAUAUUCUAAAGAUGCAGCAUUACUAAACCCAAAGCAGGAUACAGAGUUAGUGGUGGUGCUGGCAGUGUUAUUUAGCUGGCAGGUUUGAAGUGUUGCUGCUGCAGAGUAGCAGAACCACACCAGGCACUGUUGAAUUCUGGCUUCGAAGAAUAGAAGCAAUUAAACAUAUGCUAAAUUUGUCCUUUUUUUUCUCAUGUGUUUAGUAUAGCUAGUCCAUAUGCAGCCAAAGAAUUUUGGUAACCUAUUCUUCUCCAGAAAAGCACCAGAAUAAGUGGCUAGGUUUUACAGCCCAAUCCAAAGACUAGUUAGACAUUGUAAAUCCAGCAGAGUUUGGGUUUCCACUGCUUGUUGGAAACUCCAGGAAAUGAAGGCAAAUUGGUGUUUUUUCCUAUUCUAGGAUGAUUGUUAGUUUUGGCAUUGAAAGAAUGUGUUUUUUCUUGACCAUGGAUGAAGCUUUCUUUUAAAGCGUAGCAUUUGAUUUUAUUUAUCACAUGUGAAAUUAAUCCUGUUAAACUCAAUCAGAUAAUCAGUUACCUUUGAUAUAGUCAGCUUCCUGUUGGUAUUAGCACACCUUUUUAUUUUCUGAUUUUCUUAAGUAUUUCAAGCACAGUCUACUGUAUUUCUGUGAAUUACAUUGUUGUACAGGCAUAAAUUGAUUCAAAAGAUUCAUUAUGGCAAAACAAUACUUGUUUCCCAUUACAACAACUUCCCUCUAACUACAAAGCCCUUAUGUACCUCUUGGCCUUGUUAAAGCUGUAGAAAAAUAAAUGAGAUUUGUUAUUUGCCCUAGAGGCCUCUGUAAUGAUGCAUUUCAGCAGUCAUUUGGCCAUGUAGCAGAAAGUUGGCUGCUCCUGUGUGUUGUUCACAUCCUACCUCAGCCAUGGCUGGGAGUUCAGCUACCAAACUUCAUGAGAUUUUCAAAAGCUCUCCCAUCUGAGCCUGAAUGUCCCUUUGAUCAAAGACAGAUCCAUCUUUGAACCCUCAUUCACUUCAGCCUGUAAAAUUUUUUAAAAAUAAUUUUGGGAAGACAUUUUCUAGAGUGGGAAUUACUAUUUCUGUGUGGUCUAGUUUUUGUUUCCCUGCACACAGAAAUCAUGAAAAUAUUUUCUGUUUCUCUCAGACACAAACAAGACUUUAUUUUCAGACUCUACUCCAAAAAAUGCCAUCAUAAGUGUUAUUUUUAAGGUAUCAGCCACAGAUAACUGGGAACUGGAACAGAAACACACAUGGCAUGUGACACACUGCUUCUGCUAGCAUCCUUACAUCCUUUUUCAUUAUAUAUGCAAUUGUACUACAUGAAAAACUUUUUGCUACUUUUCUAAGAAUGAUGUUGCAGAGUAGAUAUGUGUCCUCCAGUGGUAAUCAGAAUAUUUUAGGUAAAGUAGCCUUAUUUAAGUUCUUUGUAUUUCAUUUUGUGUAUUUAGCCUUUUUUAUGUUUUCCAUUAGUCUUUUACGAGUACGUAAUUGGAUUAUGAAUUUCAAUCCAGUGCAAACACAUUUAAUUUCCUCAGUUUGGAUUUUCUGGAUUUUUUUUCCCUUUCUGUCUCCUUUGUGAAAACUGGCUGAUCCUCUAUUUAGAUCUCCAUUUUCAACCUCCCAGGAGAAUGGAGUCAUAUCAUUCUGUAAUAAUGUUGAAGUAUACAUCACUAACAAAAUGUCGUUUAUGCAGUUCAUGCUU